GAUUGAGGGAGGUGGAGUUUGGAGUGAGGAAACAGAGGGUGGGACAGUGUGAAGAAAGAAAGAAGAGAGAAAAGAAAAACCCCUCUGCACAGAAUUCAAGACACAAAAUUGUUUUUAUAAUGAAAUAAUAAAAUAUAAACCGAACAGAAAACAAUUGCUUCAAUCUUUUACUGCCUUAUUUUCCCGGCAAAAUUAACAGCAUCCGCCAUGGACGGAUCAACCGGUAACCGCAAUCCACCUCCCUCCGCCAUGUCUCCACCACCUUCUCCUUCACCGGAAAGCCUCCGUCAUGUCGACCGUAUGAUUAACUCAAAUCACUACUCAUCACCUUCUAGAACAAUCUACUCUGACAGGUUCAUUCCUAGUAGAUCUGCUUCCAAAUUUGCUCUCUUUGAUAUCAACACACCUACUGAGGGACGCGAGGAUAGUUCCAGCGCAUACACCACUCUCCUCCGUACCGCUUUGUUUGGACCGGAUGUUGCCGGUGUUGCGGCUCCGAUAACGCCUGAGAAGAGAAACUCGCCGUCGAUGACUCUUCCUAGCAGGAACAUUUUCCGUUACAAGACGGAGACUCGUCAGUCAAUGCAUUCACUUUCUCCGUUUAUGUCUGACGAUGUUGUUCCCGGCGUUAAUCAUAGUCCGGUUAAGGCUCCGAGGAAGGUUCCUCGAUCGCCUUAUAAGGUUUUGGAUGCACCUGCGUUGCAAGAUGAUUUUUAUCUGAAUCUCGUGGAUUGGUCAUCGCACAAUGUGUUGGCUGUUGGUCUGGGAAAUUGUGUUUAUCUCUGGAAUGCUUGUAGCAGCAAGGUAACUAAAUUAUGUGAUUUGGGGGUUGAUGACUGCGUUUGUUCUGUUGGCUGGGCUCAACGUGGUACUCAUCUUGCUGUUGGAACUAGCAAUGGUAAAGUUCAGAUUUGGGAUGCAUCACGAUGCAAGAAGAUAAGAUCUAUGGAGGGUCAUCGGUUACGCGUUGGGGCCUUGGCUUGGAGCUCAUCUCUUUUGUCUUCUGGUGGCCGGGAUAAAAAUAUUUAUCAACGAGAUAUACGCACACAAGACGAUUUUGUUAGUAAACUGUCAGGACACAAAUCAGAGGUUUGUGGACUGAAGUGGUCAUAUGAUAACCGUGAGUUGGCAUCUGGAGGAAAUGACAACAGAUUGUUUGUUUGGAAUCAACACUCGACCCAGCCUGUCCUGAAGUACUGUGAGCACACAGCAGCUGUUAAAGCUAUUGCAUGGUCUCCUCAUCUUCAUGGACUUCUUGCAUCUGGAGGAGGAACUGCAGACCGAUGUAUUCGUUUCUGGAAUACAACCACAAACUCACACUUAAGCUGUAUGGACACUGGAAGUCAGGUUUGCAAUCUCGUCUGGUCCAAAAAUGUCAAUGAACUAGUAAGCACACAUGGCUACUCCCAGAACCAGAUUAUUGUUUGGAGAUACCCCACCAUGUCAAAGUUGGCAACUCUUACUGGCCAUACUUAUAGGGUUCUUUAUCUUGCCAUUUCUCCUGAUGGACAGACUAUUGUAACUGGAGCUGGAGAUGAAACGCUUAGGUUCUGGAAUGUAUUCCCUUCCCCUAAAUCACAGAAUACUGAAAGUGAAAUCGGAGCAUUAUCUCUUGGAAGAACUACUAUUAGGUGAUCGCUCCUGGCAUUUCGGUCCAACCAUGUGCCAUAUUUUUAAGUUUGGGUUGCUGUGCAGAGCUGAAUUUCAAGUGGAAAAACUAGUAUAAAAAACACAAUCAAAGUAGUUUUACCAACUGGAGAGCCUUGCUGGGAGCUAUAAAAGUUUUUAUGUGGCUGCCAGUAAUAGAUAUUCAUGCAUUCAUGUGUAGUCUAAUUUUAUUUUGAAAUGAAAAAGAUGAAAACAAAUUGGUAAUUUAUUGUCUUGAGAACUUAUUAUACAUCUAUUGAUGGAGUUGUAGCCAAGUUGAUUUUUUUUCUUA